ACGAGAUUUCUGGGUCAAGGGGGAUGUAUAGUUUUGCUAGUCGGAGCCCCUUGUUGAAGGUGAUCUUUGAGACCCCAGACUCAAAUAGAGACUGGAAGAGUCGCUACUUCUUCCUGGAGGGUAACAGAUGGAUGAACCAUCCAGGGGAGACGGAGUACCUACCCGUUGACACAACCUGGGCGGUGAUAAAUCAACUGCGUAUGCACCCGUCCUAGCUUGCUUCUGUUUUUCAUAUCCGUCUAUGUGUAUAUUCUGACCGUCUUUCUCUGUAGGUAGACGGCGCCCGCAAGUUAGCCUUGAGGAAUUCAGUUUCCUUGAAGAGAUUUGCAGGAAAACUAAGCCGGAGGAAAGGACUUGGGCCAAGUUAGUGAACCCAAGAACAAUACAUUGGUAUUGUGACGGUCCAGAACCCACUCGCGAGGCCCUUGCAUACGACGAAAGAAUACACAAACGUAAGUCCGUCAACUCUUACUCUUGAAUUUAGCAUUUAACGAAGGAUGAUCUUAAUCCGUCCUGUAUUUGUAGAAAUGGACGACGCUAAGAGAAGGGCAAUGAUAAAAUCACUAGCCGUCGAGCAAAAGAAGACGGGUGAAGUUGUCAUUCCUAAGGUGCCGGGGUCGUCGGCUAAGAGGAAGCAGCCGCCAAAGUCUGACCGUCCAUACAAGCAACCGAAAGUUUCAUUGGAGCCCGUGGUGGGCUUGAUGGCUGAGGGCGUUAAGACCGUCACCCAAGCCAAACAUGGAACCGGCAAGGGCCUAAUGCGUGCCCCUCCCGUCAACGAGGAGAAACCUCCUUCCCUUCUCCGUGACGAUUCGAAGUAUGCCUUGGAGAAACUCAAGUCAAUAAUUUCGGCAGAGGACUACGAGGAUCUGGGGAAUCAUUCGACGGAAGCAAUGGGGGAGACGGGUUUAUUCGCCGUUGGGCAGUCCUUGGUCAUGAUGAAGGGCUUGAUGGAUCGCUGCCUCAACCGUGAAGCGGCUCUUGAACGUAUACGGACAAAGGCUGGGCGGACGGAGGAGGAGCUUAGUCAACUGUACAAGUGGAAGUCCACAAUGGAGCAGAGGUUUGAACUGUCUGAGCAGACCAGAAAAGAGUUCGAACAGAGGACGGAAGAAGCUGGGAAGGCCUUGAAGGGUAAAGACGAGGAGGUGAAAGAGUUAAAGAAGAAACUCCGUCAAGCCGGAGAGGAUGCCGUCACCGAGUAUCGCAACUCUUUGGAUUUAUUGAAGGAGCUGGGGGGUUCGUUCCUUCAAGGCUUUGACGAUGCCCUCCGUCAGAUAAAGAAGACCUACCCGGAUCUUGACGUGUCCAUGAUAACCGUCAAUGACCAAGAUCAGACAUCCGCUCUGCCCGUCGCUUCAGAAAACACGGAAGACCUGUUUGGUGAAGAUGCUGUUCAGGGCGAAGGAGAGUCUGCUCCGUCGAAGGACGUUCCAGCUGAAGAGCCGAAAAAAGUAGAUUAA